AUGUCGUCACGCUCGCACACGGAGCUCUGCCGGCCUGGCGACCUGCUCGUGGUCGUGCACGAGUUUGUGGCGCGCAGUCCCGACGAGCUCAGCCUGAAGCGCGGCGAUCGCGUUGAGCUGGUCGAGCGCGACGAUGAUUUCGGCGACGGCUGGUUCCUGGGCAAGAACACGGAGACGGGCGACAAUGGCCUGUUCCCCGAAGUCUACACGCGACCCGCGCCCACGCCCACUGCUGUUCCCACCAUGCAGCAGCGCCCACCGCAACCGGAGCAGCCCUCCAUCCCAAUCGCACCAGCCACCGCCACCUCCGGGCCUCCGACGCCAAACACGGAGCCGCUGCACAUCUCUAGCCCAAUGUUAGGCGCGGAACCCACGCGCAGGGUCUCGCUCAACACUGCACCACGAAGUAUCAGCAUGACGCUGAGCGGAGAGCUGCCGCGCGAGGACGAGACCGUCGGGAGUCCAGUCAUGCACGAGACGCUCAGUGUCAUCGACGAGCACAUCACAGGCAUGAAUACACCCCGCCUCGGCACGACAGCCAAAGACCAGCGAGCGAAUGACUCGGGGAGCGAAUACAGCAGCCAGCACCGCCUGUCGUACGUCCACGGGCAGGAGACGGACGAGGAAGAGCAGAACCUCCACACCGAAGACGAGGUCAAGACAUGGUCGCCUGUGCGUGUGGCUGAGUAUCUGGAAGACGUGGGCGUGGAAAAGCGGCACUGCGACGUCUUCAGGGACCAGGAGAUUGACGGCGAGGCGCUGCUAGGCGUGGAUCGCAAUUUCAUUUUUAUGAAGGAGUUCGACCUGGGCCCCAUGGGGCCGCGUCUGCGAACAUGGAUGAAGGUGAACGCGUUGCAGCUGGAAGUCAAGACCGCCAAGGAAGCCAUUCCUGACAUCGAUAGCCAUGACAGUUUGGCAGUCGAGCCCGCGCGAAACCGAGCAUCGUCCACGGGCUCGGUCUUCACCCGCAUGCCGACGCACAGAGAUAACAAUGGCUCACGAGGCACCAUCCGCCACCCGCCGCAUCGCUCCAACACUUCCGCAGGACAAUCCAUCUCCUCGACCAUCGAACCGACAUCGCCAUUAGUCAAAGCCGCUCCCGCUUCUCCCUCGUUUGGUCACGCUAGACGGCCGUCUGCUGCAUCAGUUCGCAGCCUGAACCACAACAGACGGCACUCAUCCACCGAGUUGAUCCAGACUGCGCCAUAUUCUGGCACGCUACCUGUGAAGCCCCAAUUGCCUGCAAUUCCAGCCUCGACACACAAGAAGGCACCCUCGUUCGAUCGCAACUGGACUAUGGGCUCGCCCCAAAAACCUCUUUUGGAUCAGAGAAGACCUUCAUCGUCACACCACGCACCGGUGAUGGGCCCCGACAUGGCUGAUCUCGAAACGCCUGAGGGUGAUCUUGACAGAGGCUAUUUUUCGGGCGGAGAAGUCGAGAACAGGAAAACCAGAAACCUGCUCCGUAAGAAGGACAGCCCAAAUCAUUCCCGUAAUGCCAGUUUCGGUACCGACGCAGGGCGCCGCACUUCUUACAAUCGACGACAUAGCCGGAUUGGUAGCACGGAUUCAAUGUCUGGACCCGUUUCUCCCGCUGCAAAGCAAUAUUACGGCGCCAACCAUAAGACCGAUCGCAGUUCAAGCACUUUCGAGUUCGUGCGUCCGCUGAAGCCCGCAAGCGAAUUGAAUCCUACCGUUACGAAGCUUACAUACGAUGCCCACAGCAUUGAUGCUAUUGCUAACUCGCCCCAUCUUCAGGGAAGCGAAACGUCCUCAACGGGACGUGCUUCACCUUCACCAGCAGCUCAAUCGCAUUCUUACUCAUUCUUUGGAAAGCGAGCACGGGCAGCGACUGGCCUCCGCGCGAUAUCAGACGCCAUCACGGGCGGCGAACGAGCAAACGCAAGUGCUGCGGAUGUAGUCACGCCGGCCAAAAAGGACUCGCCAAUACAGUCGUUGACGCGAACGGGCUCGAGCACACCGUCGGGUACAUCAGUGUCGAAGAGUUUCGACCUCGACAAGCCCGAUGCCACUAGACGUCUUACCGGUGGCUCCACCUCGACAAAAGACAAAGAGCGGAAGAAGACUACGAAACACGGCACCAGUGCAUACACCAAAGGCCGCCAGCAAAUCACACCCCACGAAGCCAUGGAAACCUGCGAUUACAGCGGUUGGAUGAAGAAGAAGUCGUCCAGUCUCAUGACUACAUGGAAAUCGCGCCUGUUCGUCCUCCGCGGCCGUCGUCUUUCCUACUACUACAGCGAGGACGACACCGAAGAAAAGGGUCUCAUCGACAUCUCCUCGCACCGCGUCCUCCCAGCCAACAACGAGAGAAUGACCGGUCUCCACGUAGCACUCACACGCGCCGCAUCCUCCCCCUCAUCGCCCCACAACGCCACCAUCCAAACCACCGCCUCCGCCGACUCAGCCACCGGCAUCGCAGACGACAUGGAAGGCAUGUUCAUCUUCAAGCUCGUGCCCCCACGAGCAGGUCUGCAGCGCGGCGUCCAAUUCACAAAACCCAUCGUGCACUACUUCGCCGUCGACAGCCUGGCCGUCGGCCGCCUCUGGAUGGCAGCCCUCAUGAAGGCGACCAUCGACCGCGACGAGAGCGCCGCUCACACAACUACCUACCAGCAGAAAACUAUCUCCCUCGAAAAGGCGCGCGCUAUGCGCCAACGGCCGCCAAAUCUCAUGGACGACGACGAUUCCGGCGCCGGGUCCGAGAGGAAGAGCGAAUAUGAGAAGGAGAGCGUGCAGGGGAGUACCAUCCAUGAGGAAGAUGAGAAGCAGGGGUUGGCUAUUGCGGGCCUGGGGAACGAGCAGGAUCUGGAUAAUGGGGUUGCGCAUGCGGUUUAG